AUGGGAGCUCAGCAGUACUUUCCGGUGGGAGCAGAACAAAAAGCAUCAAAUCGAUUAUUCGCCCAAUAUCAUGCUCAUUAUCCUAGCAGCGAGAAGGAAAAUUUAAUAAAAGCCUUGACGUCACAAGUGUCACCAACACGAGUAAUAUUUGCGACGAUUGCUUUUGGCAUGGGUAUUGACCUCCCUAAUAUAAGAAAAGUAGUUCAUGUAGGACUUCCAAACACAAUGGAGGAAUACUUUCAGGAGGUGGGCCGUGCUGGACGAGAUGGGCAGUAUGCUGAAGCUCUUACCUUUUACGAUUCUUAUAAUAUUCGCAAGCAUCCGCAUGGUGUACAAAAUGACAUGAUUCAACUCGUAACAUGCAUGGAUCGCUGUAAACGCGAAAUUGUGUUAAAUUACUUUGGUCACAAAUCCGAACAUAAACAUAAUCCUUUGCAUCUUUGCUGUGAUUUUCACAAGUCUAUUUGUACUUGCACAGAUUGUGAAAGCAGUAAAACUGUUGCGGACGUCAAACACGAUGAAGUGGAAUCGUCAAGCCAUCCAACACUUAAAGCAGUUAGGGAGUUGUCUAACAAUGCUAAAAAUGUUCUUCGCGAAAGGUUGUUUCGCUAUCGAGAGUCCUUGGGAAGUAGCAGGUCAUGUGUUGGAAGUGUAAGCUUUUCAACAGGAUUCAGUAUUGACCUAAUUAAUGAAAGUGUGAAACAUUGUGAAUAUAUGGACAGUGUUGAAGCAAUCGAACAACAUUUACCGGUGUUUUGCAAAGAACAUGCUGAGGUUAUUUUCAGUUUGAUCGAAGAGGUAUAUGCAGAUGAUAUAUAA